AUGUCUAUGGUAACCUUUGGGAAGCCAACAAAGCAUGUCGCUCUACCAGAAUGGUACGCAAGAACUAGGGAGAUGUGUCAGACUGCAGACACCCGACAGUCAGAUUCAAUCAAUCUGAGAGCUGAGGGGCGACAGCUGCGCGGCGAGACCGCCAUAAAGACCAAGUGGGACACUUAUUGCAACGACUCUCGUCUGCAUGACAGGGUUACAGAAUUGUCUCGAUGGCAAGAAGUUCUAGAACAGUGCCUACAAGCUGUUGAAAAUGAGACAGCAAAAUUAACAGAAGAGAAGGCUAUAACAGAGAGAGAACUGGAGUUUCUAGUUACGCAUCUGAACACUGUAGCAGAAUGCAUCAGGCAGAGGGAUAAGCGAUAUGGGAACGAUCUCGUGCUCUCUGACAAGGGAGAUGCUGAAUUAAAAAGUGAGCUUGGUGUGAUUGAACACUUAAAGGACCUCCUGGCAAGUAAGUGCCAUGCUGCAUGGGAGGAGCAGAAUAGACUGAGCGAAGUUCGGAUCAAGUUACAGCUGGAUAUUGGCGACAAGAAAGACACAUUAGCUGUCGACAAAGAAAACUGCAAGAUGACCAAGCACUGUGCUGGAACCAGCUAUAAACCUAAUCCUCUAAGAAUACCAAAGAGAUGCAUCCCAUAUGAGGCCUGGCUGGAGCAUUCCCGCUACAGCAAGUUGAACGCUGACAAUGAAAUCUCUGCUUCUAGAAGGCUGCGUGAAGCUAUGUUCUCUUUGAGAGAAAAAUCUCGAAAUGAUCUUCAGUCUCAGCAUGAUUCUACAGACUAUGCACUCCGUCACCGUAUUUAUGAGACUCAGCGUGAAAAGAAUGAGCUUCAAUGGCAGCAUCAAAAGAUAAUGAAUGAAAUGGAGAAGAUGUUAAAGGAGGUCACUAAUUUGGAACAGGCUGUACUGGAUAAGACUAAUUCUGUGAAGCUGGUAGAGACAAGGCUAGAAAACCGCAUGUUUCGGCCAGGUGCAGAGCUGGUUCAGGACGAUGCCCAGUCUGGGCUGGUGGAUGAGGCACUGCAGCUACGUCAGACUUGCCAGGAUCUUUUCAAGAAGAUCGAUGAUGGAAAGGCAACGUACAAUGCUCUUGAAGCACAUCUGAUAUGUUUGGACCAGGAUGUUAUAAACAAAGAACACACCUUGAUGACAGACCUCCGCUGUCUGAAAUUGAGAUCUGCAUUAAAGAGAUGUUACCAGGCUGAUCCUGCUACGCAGACUGAACGCAACAUCCAACUCACCAGAGUUGCGGAGGAAGUAUCACAGUCAUAA